GCUACUACAGAUCAGUCCACCACCACGCCUGCGCGUAUGCCUGUCUGGGCACAAAAGCUACUCAAACGGCCUCUCGUCGAGAUCCGCCGCGGCAUAUCCUUCGGCUACGACGCCCCAAAAGAGGAGUCCUCUGUCGUUGCUCUGACGGUCCCAUCUGGCAGAUAUAUCGACAUCCGAUGGCAGCUGAACCCAACCGCUACUGCCAUCAGGGGCAGCGUCAAGCAAUCCUCAAGCUUCCCAGGCUACGCCACCGCUGGGAUGUCGUACACACGGAUGCCGCGUGGCACAGAGUCUUGCCCCGCUUACGAGAGCACCAUCCACGUGCAAUGGGAGCAUUCGAUCGACUCGAGCAGAGCGUUUGACACCGAUGGCGCAGAUGUGUAUCUCCUGUCUAAUGGGGAUACCAUGGAGAUCGGUUACAUGAUGCUACGCGGCGAGUGGAGGAUGUUCAAGGAGUAUUGGCUUGAUGGCGCUACUAGGGAGACUGACACGGCAUACGUUGCAAUGGAGCUGGUUGGCUUAGCUACGGACAAUGGCGUGAGUGAGGAAGGGGAGAAAGGGGAGAAAGGGGAGAAGGGGAUGGUGAUCCGCGUUGGGAGCUAUUGUCAGGGGAUAUUUCAGAAUACCGAGGAGCUGUGGGUUGAAAGGUGGAAAGUGGACGAAACGGGGGAUUGGAAAAUGGAUAGUCGAAGCACGAGAAGAGAGGACGCGACAUUGCCGUGUCAAUGGGCAACAGGGGAGGAGCGGAAGCUGGGUGAUUCCACCGAGCUGGGUAACCGCGUGUGGAGGGUUGUUGAGACUUCGUAU